UGAGAACUUCCCUCGACCCCCAGAUUGAAUCCCUUCCCUUCGUCCGUCGUCCCUCAAAUCGCCUCGCCGCCGUCUCUCUCACCUUUCCGGAAUCGAUGAUUUACACGGCAAUCGACAAUUUCUACUUACCGGAGGAGCAGAUAAAGAACUCACCUUCCAGGAAAGAUGGGAUCGAUGAAACAACCGAGACGACACUUAGGAUCUAUGGAUGUGAUCUCAUCCAAGAAGCUGGAAUCUUGCUCAGACUACCACAGGCUGUUAUGGCUACUGGGCAGGUUCUUUUCCACCGUUUCUAUUGCAAGAAGUCUCUUGCCAAGUUCGAUGUUAAGAUAGUUGCUGCGAGCUGUGUCUGGCUUGCGUCAAAGUUGGAAGAAAACCCUAAGAAAGCUAGGCAGGUCAUCAUUGUCUUCCACAGGAUGGAGUGCCGCAGGGAGAACUUACCAUUAGAUCAUCUUGAUUUGUUUUCCAAGAAGUAUUCUGAGUUGAAAGUUGAAUUAAGCAGAACUGAGAGACACAUACUGAAAGAGAUGGGUUUUGUUUGUCAUGUUGAACAUCCUCACAAGUUCAUCUCAAACUACCUUGCCACACUUGAAACACCUCCAGAAUUGAGGCAAGAGGCUUGGAACUUGGCAAAUGAUAGUCUGCGUACAACCCUUUGUGUAAGGUUCAGAAGUGAGGUUGUGGCUUGUGGGGUCGUGUAUGCUGCUGCACGUAGGUUUCAAGUUCCUCUCCCAGAGAAUCCACCCUGGUGGAAAGCAUUUGAUGCAGAUAAAUCUGGUAUUGACGAAGUGUGUAGAGUUCUUGCUCAUCUAUACAGUCUCCCAAAGGCUCAGUAUAUCUCAGUUUGCAAGGAUGGGAAGCCUUUUACCUUUUCCAGUAGAUCCGCGAAUUCUCAAUCUCAAUCUCAAUCAGCUACAAAGGAUGUUUCACCGGCAGUUGACGGUGCUGUUGAUACGAAGGGUACUUCAGGAUCUGUUAAUAACGAGUCUAAGGAUGGAAAGAAUAACACACCUCAUGAAAUGGCUACAGAUGUGAAGAAGAGCGAUACGGAGUCAAACAGUCUGCCAAUUGUGGGAGACUCGAGGGAGGGAAGAAGUAAAGUAGGAGAGAGUGAUAGAGAGAAGGAACGAGGUAGAGAGAGGGACAGGGCCAGUAGUAGGUCUCACAGAGACAGAGGCAGAGAUUCUGACAAGGAGAGUGAUAGGGAGAGAGACAAACUAAAAGAGCGUAGUCAUCAUCGGUCAAGAGAUAGACUGAAGGAUUAUGGUGAUAGAUCAAGACAUCACUCUUCUCGCGAUCGUGACUAUCGCGAAUCGUCGCACUCAUCGAAAGACCGUCGUAGUAGGCACCAUUAAGUCAAAUCUUCUUGUCACCAAAUCUUUCUCAUCGUUUUGGGACAAGCCCUUAAACGUUCUGCUUGAUGUUUAGACAUGAGAGUCGUGUACUUGAUUUGUGUCAGUGAAACACCCAUGUCACUCUUGAGCGUACUCAAUUUAGCAUUAUGUGAGGUA